CAAGUCAGUAUUGACUCUAGCCAGAUUUCGUUGCUUCACAUUUCCAAAAUGUUCAAACUCGUCUUGGUUUUAUCUCUUUGUUACAUCGCUGCAGAAUGCGGUCACAUCAAACGAAGUGGCGGCUGUGAUCAUGUCCUAGCCUGUGCCAGCCCUCUGGAGAAUGUGGGACCACACAAUGUCGACCAGCUCAGCGAUGAGGCAAAAUACGACCAGUUUUGUCGGAAAGCCACAGCCUUUAGCUCCUGUUAUGAGGAAGCUGAAGACGAAUGCGAAAACGAAGAGCUAAAGAAAGGCCUACGGGGUCAGAUUAACGUGGCUGAUUUCUUAUGCUCAGAUGAAGCCAAAAACGAUAUUUCUGCCUUGGCUGACUCUGAGUGCACCAAGAACGAACUUAAGAAGAUAGAAGUCCAACAGGCCAUGGAAGGCUGUAUGAUGAGCUUCCAAAAUGAGCUGCAGUUCGCCUUCAUGUCUGUAAUGUUGUCUGGUCAAGAUGCUUCGGCCGUCAACUUUUGCCCAUUCGUGAAUCAGCUAAAUGCUUGUGUGGUGAACAAAGGUACAGAGAGCUGUGGCAGCAGUGUUGGAGGUUUCCUCAGCCGCAUGUGGAAUGUGGCGACUGGACCUUCCUUUGAACAGUUCGGUUGUAGCAACCAGGCCAGGAAUGCCCGUCGCAACAUUGAGACCAUUGUUCCACUGCUAGCUAAGGCAGCCAAACUAAGGCGUUGAACAUCUGAUCUGGCACUGUUAUAAAGUUACUGAUUUAUACGUCAUCAAUCUGUUGAAACAUUUCUUCAAUCCGCCUGGUCAUUAAAAUUGUGUAUUCAUUAAAAAAAAAACAAA